AUGCCGUCUCAGUCCGGUUUGCAGAACCCGCUUCUGCAUCCUUUUCUUUUCGUCUAUCAGCUGCUCCAGUGGUUCAUCAACAGACUCCUCUCUCCAACGCCGCCCAACCCCAGCAGACAGCUCCUCCGUCCCAAGAUUGCUGUCAUUGGCGCGGGCAUCACUGGUGUUGCUGCGGCCUCGCACUGCAUUGGCCAUGGUUUCGACGUUGUCAUUUUUGAGGCUGGGCCCAAGUCAAAUCUGGGCGGCAUCUGGAGUAAGGUGAACAAUACCUCGAGCCUCCAGAUUCACUCCAUGAUGUACCGCUUCCAUCCGUCGGUGAACUGGGAACGCGGCUAUCCGGACCGCCAGCAGAUCGUCAGCCAGGUCCGCCAGCUUUGGGAGCGCUACGGUCUGGAUACACGCACCAAGUUUAACACGCCUGUCAACAAGGUGUACCAGGAUGACAAGGGCCGUUGGAUCGUCAACAAUACUUCCAAUGGUCGGUUCGAGGGCAUCAUCGGCGCCGUCGGCACAUGUGGCGAACCAAAGAUACCCAAGGUCGACGGCAUUGAAAAGUUCCAGGGUCCUGUCUACCAUUCGAGCCAGCUGACGGGCAAGAGCGCCAAGGGCAAGAAGAUUGCCGUCAUUGGCGGCGGCGCCAGUGCUGUCGAGGCGCUCGAGUUCGCUGCGGCCGAGGAUGCCGACAAGACGUACAUCCUCUCGAGGAGCGACAAGUGGAUCAUCCCUAGGAACCCGUUGGUCAACAUGCUGCUCGCCUUUAAUGUGUUUGGCCAGGAAACGGUUCUCUCCUGGGUCCCGGAGCUGCUUCUGCGCCGUCUCUUCUACCGCGAUCUGUCAGACAUUGCGCCGUCCCAGAAGGGCAUCUUCGAGGACACGCCCAUGGUCAACAGCGAUGUGCUGGACAAGAUUCGCGAGGGCAAGGCCGACUGGAUCCGUGGCGACAUUGAAGAUUUCACCAAGGAUGGCAUCGUUAUCAACCGCCGCUCCAAGGGGGUGCCCAAGGGUGGACCGGGGAGGACCGAAACAAUCCCCGCCGACGUGAUCGUCAUGGCCACUGGCUUCAAGCGCCCUUCGCUCUCCUUCCUGCCUGACGACUGCUUCGACGAGCCGUACGACCCACCCAACUGGUACCUUCAGACGUUCCCUCCGAACCACCCCUCCAUCUCGGCCAUUAACUGUACGUACGUCAAUGCCAUUGGCACCGUUGGAAACUGGCACAUUGGCAUCUACACCCGCAUCCUGCUCAUGUUCCUCGUCGACCCGCUGACGCGGCCCAACCCGACAUGGAUGCGCCUCUGGAUUGACUUUACGCGGCUGCUCAAGUCCGCCUCGCCCAUCGCCGCUUUUGACUUUUUCACCUACACUGAGCUCGUUUGGUGGUUCACGUUUUGCAUAGCGUUCAACCCCUUCCGCUGGAAGUGGGCAUUCUUCGUCUUUUUCGGUAUCGGGUAUGCGCUGCCUAAGCGUGUCAUUGAGGCUGAGAUGCCGCUGCGGAACGGAGCCGGCGUGCAUCAAGAGACUGGGAGGGAUAUUGGGCGGAGUCUAUGA